AUGACCAAAUUCAGACCGUGCAUUGACCUGCAUUCGGGGCAGGUGAAGCAGAUUGUGGGUGGUACCCUCAGUCAAGUGGCUGCCGACCUGAAGACCAACUACGUAUCUAAGCUUCCCGCCAGCCAUUAUGCGGGAUUGUAUGAGAAGCAUGACUUGCGCGGUGGGCAUGUUGUGAAGCUUGGCCCAGGAAAUGAAGAGGCUGCUCAAGAGGCGCUGAAGACAUGGCCAGGUGGUUUACAAGUUGCUGGAGGUAUUACCGACCAAAAUGCCCAAUAUUGGAUUGACCAGGGCGCGGACAAGGUGAUCAUCACUUCAUUCCUUUUCCCUGCCGGCAAGUUCUCGCUCGAGAGGCUUCAGUCGGUUCUGUCUGCUCUCGGCGGCGACAAGUCAAAGCUGGUCUUGGAUCUUAGCUGUCGCAGAAAAGACAAUACUUGGUUUGUGGCCAUGGACCGCUGGCAAACCAUCACGGAAAUGGAGAUUAACCAGGAAUCCAUCGCAUUACUGGAACCAUAUUGCGCCGAGUUCUUGAUCCACGCUGCAGAUGUAGAGGGCCUGCAACAAGGUGUCGACGAGGAAUUGGUAUCCAGACUGGCUGACUGGUGUACCAUCCCUGUGACCUAUGCCGGAGGUGCGCGCAAUUUGCAAGACCUAGAAAAGGUCCACACGUCCAGCAAGGGACGAGUGGAUUUGACAAUUGGCAGUGCGUUGGAUAUCUUCGGUGGCUCUGGAGUGACAUUCGAUGAGUGUAUCGAAUGGAACAAGUCUCAUUAA